AUGCUUAUUGGGCUGCCUUUGGUUCUGCCACUGCUAGCCCUUUACGCCAGCAGAAGACGUGAGAGCCUCAAAGUGGAGGCUGGCUUGAGAGAUGUUCGGGAGUCUUGGAGUGUGGUCUUUCAGCAAUUCGACCGACAUGAAGAGGAGAAGGUACAGAAGCUGCAAGAGGCAUUCCAGUUGUGGCGGGAGGACCUGCAGAAGCAGCUACCAUCUGGGAAGCUGAAGAAUAUUGAGAGCAAACUUGCUGCCCUGGAAGGCUCAAUCCUCAGCGCAGGGAGGAGCGCUCAGAGUGCAGCACGGAAUGUGGAGGUUGCCAGUAGCAGCAUGGCUGAAACCACUGCAAGGCAGAUGAAGGAGCUUGGCGCUCGCCUGGUCAAAGAUUUGCAGCAGGAUCUGCAGGCCAAGUCCGCCCCUUCACAGGGGCUGGAUGCCCUGGUGUCCCGGCUGGAGGGCAUUGAGAGCAGCUUGCAAGGCUUGGAAGAGGGCCAGGUGCAGGGCAUGCGGCGGCUGGCCCAGGGCAUCAUGAGCGCUGUGGAGGAGGCAGAGGCCUCGCUGCAGAGCACGAUGCAAUCGGAUGCGCGGCGCUCAUCGGACGCGCUGCAGCGGCUGCCGGCGCUUCUGGCGGCUGCGCUGCCAGUCACAGAUGUGACGCCCCUGCAAAAUGGUGCCGGCCGGGCGCAGCCCCCAGCAGUUGCUCAGAUCGCCCCUGUGGACCGGGCCUGGCUGCAGGGCGUGCUGGAGAAAUCCCUACAACUCGCUGCUGAAAGGGUGCUUGAGAAGCAGCAGGAGAGAGCUGGAACUGCUGUGCCUGCACUGCUGGCGGACGAGCAGUGGGAUGCCUUGGGCAAGCGCCUGAGGGGCAUUGAGCAGAGCGUGCAGGACUUGAUGGAGGGGAGCGGAGGUGAGGAUGUCCCUACCAGGGAAGAGGCCCUGGUGACAGAAAUGGCUGCAUUGCGCAACGAUGUGUCCACUGCACUUGACAGCAUCCGAGGCUCGACAGGGGAGGUCAAUCCAGAGGUUGCCCCUCUGCUGUCCUCCAUCAAUGACUCUCUUGAGGCCCUGCGCAGUCAGGUGGAGGUUCCACUAGCAGCAGCAGGGACUUCGGAUGAGCAGAGCAGAUCCUUGUCAGUUGCCCUGCAGCCCAUUCAAACAGCCCUUGCUGAGCUCCAGAUCUCCCAGGCCUCGCUGCAGCAAGCGCUGCACAGCACAGCUGACACCUCUUCUGGCACUUCUCCCUCAACAGUGUCAGUGGAGGAGGCUGCCAGGAGGGCAGCAAAGGAGGUUCUGAGAGAGUUCUCAGCUCAGACCCCUGAUGUAGCGGAGCUGCGCGAAACCAUCAGUGCCACUCUGGAAGCUGUCCGGAAGCUGGAAGCUGCCACCAUGGAGCGCAUCAGCACCCUGGCUGCCUCCAUGCAAACCCUCCCCACGAGCUCAUUAUCCGUAGGAGGCUUGGAAGGAGUGAUCUCACCUGGCGGCUCACUGAAUGCAGUGGCAGGACCAGAUGCACCCCCAAAGGGGUACAAGGGAAAUCCAUCCGACACCAGAGAAGAUGCAUUCCUACGUAUGCAGCUGCCCAAAAUCAAUGGCGUGAGCGCACAAGAACCAGUAGAUGGGGACAGGGACCCAUACUCCUCACCCAGGGAGGAGUACAGAGGAGCUGCAUCCAACGGCGCGUCACAGAGUGCUGAAGCAGAAUUGGGCGACACGGAAGAGCAGCUGGAGGCGCUGGUACAGGAGGGGAAGCAGCUGCUGCGCGAGGGGCGCCAGCUCACCAAGGCAGGCUACGACCUGGGCGGUGCUGACCUGGCCCUGCAGGACGCCAUGGCCUGCUUUGAGGAGGCUGCCCAGAUCGACACCGCCAGCAUCAAAGUGCAGGGCAACUGGGGGAAUGCGCUGAUGGCGUACGGGGUGUUGAAGAAGCGGUACCUGAGCGAGCUGCAGGAGUCGCCGCCGCCGCGGUCCUACGAGGAGAGCGCAGCCGCGCGCGCAGCCGAGGAGCAGCUUACAGGCGAGGCGGAGGCUGCGCUGGUGGCGGCUGGGCAGAAGUUCCGGGCGGUGGCGGAGCGCGACCAGGACGACACGCGCGCGCUCGGCAACUGGGGCCGCGCCCUCUGCGUACGCGCCGAACUCGCCCGCGACCCAGAGGUGGCAUGCGCGCUGUAUGAGGCGGCCGUGGCAAAAUUCGAGGCUGUGUUGGAGGUGGACCCCGGCAACAGGGCGGUGCUGCGAAACUGCGCAUUCGCGCUCUUUGACCUGGCUCGCCUGCAGCCGGAUCCCACCUCCCGGGCUGCGCGACAGUUGCUGGAGGAUGCUGCGCGAUAUAUGGAGGAUGUCCUGACCAUCAAUGGGGGCGAUGAGGAUGCAGCAAUCGCACUAGACCAGUGCAGGGAUGAACUUGAUCAAGUGCGCGCUGUGCGGCGCUGA